CUCAUUGUACAGGUUUUAGGAAGCAAGCCAGCACUUCCAGAGUGCGAUGAUGAUGAUGAUGAACGGGCCGAUAUUACAAACAGGAGAAGUGCUAAACUAUAUAUGGUGUCAGAUGCAAGUGGAUCCAUGAAGGUGUCCAUGGUAGCAGAGGAAAACCCCUUCUCCAUGGCUAUGCUUUUGUCUGAGGAGUGCUUCAUUUUGGACAACGGUGCUGCAAGGAAGAUCUUUGUGUGGAAAGGCAAAGAUGCUAACCCACAAGAGAGAAAAGCUGCCAUGAAGAAUGCUGAACAAUUCAUAAAGCAGAUGAAUUAUCCUGCCAACACACAGAUUCAAGUCCUUCCGGAAGGAGGUGAAACGCCAAUUUUCAAACAGUUUUUCAAAGACUGGAAGGAUAAAGAUCAAAGUGAUGGCUUUGGCAAAGUGUAUGUCACAGAGAGAGUGGCUAAAAUUGAGCAGAUUGAAUUUGAUGCUACCAAGUUACAUGAGUCUCCACAAAUGGCUGCCCAGCAUAACAUGGUAGAUGAUGGUUCAGGGAAAGUAGAGAUCUGGCGUGUGGAAAGCAGUGGCAGAGUCCCCGUGGAACCUGAGACGUAUGGACAGUUCUAUGGUGGUGACUGCUACAUUAUCCUCUACACUUACCCUAAAGGGCAGAUCAUCUACACAUGGCAAGGAGCCAAUAGUACAAAAGAUGAACUGACUGCAUCUGCAUUUCUGACUGUUCAGCUGGAUCGGUUAUUGAAUGAUCAGGCUGUGCAGGUCCGAGUCAGCCAAGGCAAAGAGCCCGCACAUUUACUGAGCUUGUUCAAAAACAAACCGCUUACUGUCUACAAGGAUGGGACAUCCAAGAAGGGAGGUCAGAAACCUGCUCCACCCACACGACUCUUCCAAAUCCGCAGGAACCUGGCAGCCAUUACCAGGAUUGCGGAGGUUGAUGUGGACGCAAUGUCACUAAACUCCAACGAUGUCUUCGUUCUGAAACUGCCAAACAACUCUGGCUACACCUGGGUAGGAAAAGGAGCGAACAAAGAAGAGGAACAAGGAGCUCAAUACAUUGCCAGCAUUCUUAAAUGCCAGACUGCUAAGAUUAAUGAAGGCCAGGAACCCGAGGAAUUCUGGAAAGCACUUGGAGGUAAAAAAAACUAUCAGACUUCAUCACAACUCCUGACAAAGGCUGUGGAUCAUCCCCCUCGCCUGUAUGGUUGUUCUAAUAAGACUGGCAGAUUUAUUAUUGAGGAGGUCCCAGGAGAAUUCACUCAGGAUGAUUUGGCUGAAGACGAUGUCAUGUUGCUGGAUGCUUGGGAGCAGGUUUUUGUCUGGAUUGGGAAGGAUGCUAAUGAAACUGAGCGUCAGGAAUCCGUAAAAUCUGCCAAACGCUAUAUUGACACGGAUCCUUCUGGCAGAGAUAAGGGGACCCCCAUUGUAAUCGUGAAGCAGGGGCACGAACCCCCAACAUUCACCGGCUGGUUCCUGGCUUGGGACUCCAACAAAUGGAAGAACUGAUCUGUCCAAGGAGGCUUCAGCUUCAAGCCAAAGAAUGAUCAGAGCCCAGCUAUUUUCUAGUAUUUUUAAGCGUAAGCUUGUGCAACAAUAUGCUGCAUCUGUUGUUACACUUUUCCGAGCUUUGAUAUAUUU